AUGGAGAUCGGAGAUCUUAAUCCCGCCGUGGCGUUGGAUAGGUUAAGCACAGCCCUCAGACCGGGGCCGUUUGUUAACAGCUUGUGUAAAAAGCCCCCAAUUGACAUGAACGACCUCCGGCGCCGGGCCGAGAAAUACAUGCAAAUGGAAGAACUUCUCGAGACCCGAAACCAGGCUAGGGCAGAAGAAAACUAUAACCGAAAGGAAGCUGGCCGAGAGCCAGUACGCCCAGCAAACGCCGAACUCUCGAAGAAUCGCCCCCCAAGAGGACCUCGAUAUACGGCAUAUACACCACUCAACGCGAGUAGGACCAAAGUGAUGGAGCAGGCUUUAGCGUCCGAGAUCCUUGCAAUGCCGAAAAGGGCAAACACACCCCCAAGGGCCGACAAGGCCAAGGUGUGCCGAUUCCAUCGAAACAGGGGGCACUCUACUGAAGAAUGUUCGGCGUUAAAGGACAAGCUCGAGGACCUCAUUAAGCAGGGCCACCUUCGAAGUUUCACCACCCCCCAUGACCAUCGGUCGAAGGAGAGAGACCAAUCUCGCGAAGCUCGCUCUUCGAGGGACCGACGUCACCCAUCCCGUUCGGUCGAGCGGUCAGAUCGGUCACAACGUCCUGGGGAAAACAAUGACCGAUCCCGGAAGGUAAUCAACACCAUUGCCGGAGGUUUCGCAGGCGGAGGAUCUUCCUCUUCAGCCCGAAAGCGACACCUCCGAGUCGUCCGAUCGGUGAACAACGUGAACCAGCCCAGGUUGCCGAGGAUGUCGUCCAUCACAUUUUCUGACCGUGAUUUUCGAGGCGUCGACCCCAUACAGGAUGAUCCCAUGGUAAUCUCAGUCGAAAUGCACAACUGCAUAGUGAAGAAAACAUUGGUUGACCAAGGGAGCUCGACCGAUAUAUUGUAUUGGAACACUUUCUUACAACUCGGGAUUCCAGAAGAGAGCCUAGAGUCAUAUCACGAGCCGUUAGUGGGGUUUUCCGGAGAAAGAGUCAUGACGAGGGGAUGCAUCGAAUUGUACACACGUUUCGGUUUCGAUCAAAAGCUUUCACGGGAAAUCAAGAUCCGUUACAUUGUCGUACAUGCGAGCACGUCCUACAAUGUCCUACUCGGCUGA